UGCAAGAGGCGCGAAGAAAAAUGAAGGGAGAAAAAUGUCAGACACAAUAAACAAAGAGAAGGGGGCGUGUCGGUUUUUUGAGGAUGAAAAAUAAAAAGAAGAGGGAAAAUGAGCGAACUAUGUCCUUUUUCACUCUCUCUGCAUUCUUUAUAUUGACUUACAACGUUGAAAAAGAACGCAGGAGGCGCGAAGGAAAAAAGGGAGAAAAAAUGUUAGACACCGUAAAUAAAGAGAAGAUGGGUGUGCCCUUAAUUACUGCAGCACUUCACACAAUUAGUAUUUGUUUAAUUUGUGUAUUACCAGAAAGUCCUCGUUGGUUAAUUGUGAAUAAUCGAGUUGAUGAAGCAGAGAAUUACAUUCGACGAGCUUGUAGAAAACCUCCAUUUCCUUUCAAUCUCUUUGAUUUUAAUAAAAGUUCAUUACCUUCUGAUUUAGAAUUGGUAAAACAUGCAGAACAACGUAAAUGGGUACGUCGUGAUCAACGUGCAAAUAUUCUUCAUUUACUUAAAUCGAGAGCUCUUUGUAUGAGAACUGGGGUUAUUUGUAUUGUUUGGAUUGCUACUGCCCUUGUAUAUUAUGGAUUAAUUAUUGCUCUAUCUGACCAAUCUGCCCCCGGUCGUGUUCUCUUUUCUGGCAAUUUCUUUUUAAACAAUGCAAUUGCUGGUGCUAUUGAAUUGCCAACAUUAAUAUUUUGUGUUUAUUUAAUGAAAUUUGGAAGGAAACGUUCACAAAUAUUUACACUUGUUGGGGCUGCUCUCUUUAUUAUUUUAGCAAUGUGUGCAAUGAAUUUUGGAAGUCCAAUGCUCUCUUUAGGAUUAAUGCUUGGUGGAAAGAUAUUUAUUCAAGGCGGUUUUAAUAUUCUUUAUAUAUUUACAUCAGAAUUAUAUCCAACAGUUAUUAGAAAUAGUGCAGUCGGUUUCUGCUCUAUGAUUGCCCGUUUUGGUUCUGGCGUUUCCUCUUAUAUUGCAAUUCUUUCGGACGUUACACUUGCUUUUGUGCCUAUGAUUAUAUUUGCAACAUUUUCUUUAUUUGCCGGAACAUUAGUAAUGCUUUUACCAGAAACUAGAGAUCAACCUUUGCCUGAUACUUUACAAGAUGCUGUAACAAUUCUUAAAGAUGAUUCUCGUCCUUAUCAAUGUCGGGGUUUUGGCUCUAUUUUUCUUGGAACUGAUAAAUAUAGUAUUUCGAUUACUGAAUUAGUUCAACAUCAAAAUGAGGAGGAAGAAGAAGAAACAGAAGAACAACAAACAGAACGUGAUGAAAGUAGUGAAUGUGAUGAUAGAAAUUGUGGUGGUACUUCAGAAGUUGAUGAAUCAACAAAUAAUAAUGAUGAUAAUGAUGAAAAUACUAAUAUUUCUCCAAAAAAUGACAACAAAACUUCAACUAAACGUUUAACAGAAAAUGGAAUGUCUAGCAAUAAUGAACCUUUGCCAAGUAUUCCAGAAGAAGAUCACCACCAAAUAUUACAACAAAAACCAACGUCUUCAUCCAAAAAUUUUAUUGAAAAUGAAGAAAUUCCUUUAAUUUGUUUAAGAAAUCGUAAAGACAAAAAUGAAGAAAAAAUAAAAAAAGAAAAUAAAUUAAAUUCUUCUUCAAAUAAUUUAUGUGAAAAUGAAAUUAGUAUAUCCCCAUUAACUUCUCAUAGUGAAUUUUCUCUUUUAAUUAAGGAUGAACGAUUGGAAAGUAGUAAUACAAUAAUUCCAUCAACAACAUUAAUUACUGCCUCUUCGGUUGGGCAACUUUCUCCUUCAGGAGUAAAUAUAGCACAACAAGCGUUGGCUAUUUAA